AUGGCUGAAGCAUUCCUCUUCGAUCUUGCAAUCAAAAUAAUGACAAUGUUGGGUUCCCAUACUAUCCAGGAGAUUGGCCUGUACUAUGGCUUCAAAGACGAGCUUCACAAGCUCAACAGAAUGGUAUCCACCAUCAAAGUUGUGCUUCUUCAUGCAGAGGAGCUGUCAUCGGAGAAUCUUCAAGUCAAAGAGUGGCUUUCGAUGCUCAAAGAUGCAUUUUAUGAUGCUGAUGACUUGUUGGAUGAGUUAUCACUCAAGGCUUUACAAAAACAAGUAAUGACUGGCACAAGAAUGGCCAAGGAGGUACGCCUUUUCUUUUCCAGCUCAAAUCCAUUUGCUUAUGGUCUUAAAAUGGCUCAUAAGAUUAAGGCAAUCAGAGAAACAUUAGCUGAGAUAGCUGAAAAUAAGAAGUUUUUCUUGGAGGAGCGCCAUGAGGAGAGGCGUAUUGCAGCUAAUAAGGCCAGGGACCAAGUUCACUCCUCACCACCUGAAGUAGUUGUUGGCAGGGAACAUGAUAAGGAGGCAAUUAUAGAGCUUCUGAUGAAAUCCAGUGAUGAAGAGAAUGUGUCAAUUAUUCCCAUAAUUGGAAUUGGUGGAUUGGGAAAGACAACAUUAGCCCAACUUGUGUAUAAUGAUGAGAAAGUCAAAGGGCAAUUUGAGCCAAAAGCAUGGGCAUGUGUCUCAGAUAAUUUUGAUGUAAAAUUAAUAGUUGAAAAGAUUUUAGAAUCUGUGUCUCGUCAGAAACCUAAUUGUAGCGAGAUGGAUGCAUUGAAAAGUCUCCUUCAUGAAAAAAUUAUUGGGAAGAAAUACUUGAUUGUGUUGGAUGACAUAUGGAAUGAGGAUUCAGAAAAAUGGAAUCGCUUAAAGGACUUGCUAGUUGGUGGUGCAAGAGGAAACAAAAUAAUAAUAACCACGCGCCUUAGAAAGGUUGCAGAGUUGGCUCGCCCCAUUGCUAUGUAUGAAUUACAAGGCUUGCCUAAAUCUGAAUCUUGGUCAUUGUUUGAAAAAAUAGCAUUCAAGCGAGGACAAGUGGUAAGUCAAAGCCAUGAAGAUAUAGGAAGGGAAAUUGUAGCAAAGUGUUGGGGGGUUCCUUUGGCCAUAAGAACAAUAGGAAGUCUCUUGUACUUUAAGGAUUCCGAAUCUGAAUGGUUAUCCUUCAAAAGUAAAGAACUCUCAAAGGUAGAUCAGUGUGAAAGUGAUAUUUUGCCUACUCUUAAAUUGAGUUAUAAUUAUUUACCUUCGCAUUUAAAACAAUGUUUUGCAUAUUGUGCCUUAUUUCCAAAAGAUUACAAAAUUGAUAUUGAUAUGUUAAUACAUCUUUGGAUGGCACAAGGUUAUGUGAAGCCAUCGGAUCCGAGCCAAUGUCUUAUAAAUGUUGGUCUUGAAUAUUUUGGUGAUCUUCUUUGGAGGUCUUUCUUUCAAGAAGUUGAAAAGGAUGACUUCGGUAAUUAUACAACUUGUAAAAUACAUGAUUUGAUGCAUGACCUUGCAAUGUCGGUUGCUGGAGAGGAGUGUGCUUCAUCAAAUUUUGAGGUGGGAUAUACAAAUGAGAAAAUUUGCCAUAUUUCAUUUGUAUGUGAUUGGCGCUCACAUUUGAAACCUUCCAUGUUUAAUAAGACAAACAAGGUACGAACAUUCCUUUUGUUAAAUUCAGGAUCGUUUCUUGGCAAUGAGGAACUAUGCCAUUCAAUUUUUCAUAACAUGAGACGUUUAAGGGUGUUAGAUCUAUACGGCUUAGAUUUGAAUACUCUGCCAUUUUCUGUUGAGAAAUUGAAGCAUCUAAGGUAUCUUGAUCUUUCUAGGAAUAGAAGUAUCAAAAAACUUCCUGAUUCAAUCACCAAACUACAAAACUUACAAGUGCUGAAACUGGCAGGCUGUCGCGAGCUUAUACAUUUACCAAAAGACACGAGAAGGUUGGUCAAUCUCAGGUGUCUUGACCUCGGAUUUUGUUUGGGGUUGACUCAUAUGCCACGUGGGAUUGGACAAUUGAGUUCACUGGAGGGAUUAUCGAGAUUUGUGGUAGCCAAGGAUAAUACUGUGUGCAGUGGACUCGGUGAAUUACAAGGAUUGAACAACUUGAGAGGGGAAUUGAAGAUUGUGAAUUUGGGUUACGUGAAAAAUGGUAAAUCUGAAUUUAAGGCGGCCAAUUUGAAAGAGAAGCAACAUCUUCAGAGUUUGGCAUUAGAAUGGAAUAAAGACGGUGAUGAUAGCGAGGGUGCAAAUGACGUUGAGAAUGAUGAAAUGGAGUUGGAAGCAUUACGGCCCCACCAAAAUUUGAAAGAGCUAUCUUUGGAGUUCUACCGAGGAGUGAAGUUUCCCAGCUGGAUUUCUUCCCUCACAAAUUUGAUGUCCAUUCGUUUCUGCUCUUGCAAAAGCAUAAAGCGUCUCCCACCAUUUGAUCAGCUUCUUUCUCUUCAAUCUUUGUACAUUUCUGGAUUAACUAAUCUAGAGUAUAUAGUUACUGAUGGAGGAUCUUCAUCAUUCUUUCCUUCCCUAACACGACUCUACCUCUACCACUGCCCUAAUCUGAAGGGAUGGCUGACGUGCGUGAGGAAUGAUGGAACGGCAGACCUCCUUAGAUUUCCUUGUCUUUCUAUUUUGUAUUUCCAUAAUUGCCCUAACCUGACUUCCAUGCCAUUAGUUCCGUCUUUAGAAAAAUUGGAAUUUGUUGGUGGCGGUGGGAAGCAAUUAGAGCAUAUAAUAAAGAUGAUUAUUUCAGCAUCACAGUCCAGCUCCUUCUCCUCCUCAUCCUCUUCUUCUUCUUUCCCAAUCUCUCAAUUUAAAGAUCUAAGCAUUUAUGAAGUUGAAGAUUUAGAAUUUCUGCCAGAGUUGCUGUUUAACCUCACUUCUCUGCAAAGUCUGUCUAUUCUUAGUUGCCAAAAAAUAACAACUCUGUCACGUGAUGAGAAUGAUAAAGGAAUGCAAUGGCAAGGCCUUCAAAACCUCCGUUCUCUAGAAUUUUAUGAUAAUGGAAGCUUGGUGUCUCUCCCAAAGGGACUUCAGUAUGCUACCACUCUGCAUCGUCUCGAUAUUGAAGAUUGUCCUAAUUUGAUGUCUUUAGCAGAGGGGAUGGACAACCUUACCGAAUUACAAAUUUUGCGCAUAUUGAGAUGUCCCCAACUAGAAGCAAAAUGUGAAAAGAAUGUUGGGGAGGAUUGGCCCAAGGUUGCUCACAUCCCAAAUAUUUAUAUCAAUGGCGAAGAAAUUCAACGGAAUCUUUGA